AUGAUGCUACUAUUUAAACCGUCUUCGACCCUUGCGAGAAGGUCGAAGCCACGUCCAUACCAAAGCUUCUCUGAGUCUCUUCUAAUGGAUAGUAUUGAAUCAGCUGAAAAUCUCAUCCGAAAAUGGAUUACUCCAGAUCUUUCUCCUUCUUGUACUUCAUGCUCUCUUACCUCCCUUUUCUCACCCGAGGAUCGCACCGAAGGCAGAAGAUUCGUAGAAGUUAUCAAUAGCUUGCAAUACGCGAUACAAGGAGUAAUGUUGGUGAAUCCUGAAUCACAAAAGUUUUCUCGAGCUUAUAAUUUGGUGGCGAUCGCUAUGAAACACUUGGAGAAGGAGUUUUAUCGGAUUUUAAAGUCGAAUCGAAGAAAUCUUGAUCCGGAAUCCGUCUCUGUUCGGUCUACGAAAUCUUUCCAUUCGAGGAAAGUUUCUGUUUAUUCAGAUGUUCCCAAAUCUGAAGAUGCUGAUGUUGUGAUUGAUUUGAAAAUGAUCGCUGAUUGUAUGAUAUCUUCUGGUUACGAAAACGAAUGUGUUAAGAUUUACAAGAAGAUAAGAAGAUCAAUCAUCGUUGAAUCAUUGAAUAAGCUUGGAUUUGAGAAUCUAAGUUUUGGAAAAGUUCAGAAACUGGAUUGGGAUAGUAUAGAGAAGAAUAUCAAGAAAUGGUUAGAAGCAACGAAAGUAGUAAUAUCUACUCUUUUCGACGGAGAAAGAAUCCUCUGCGAUCACGUUUUCUCGCCUUCGGUAUCCGUUGCGGAAUCUUGCUUCUCCGAGAUUACGAUAGAUAGCGCUUUGACGCUCUUUGUCUUCCCCGUGAGUAUAGCCAGAUGCAAAAAGACCGUCGAGAAAAUCUUCCUUACGCUUGAUGUUUACCAAACGAUCUCGAAACUUCUUCCGAAAAUCGAGAAUAUAUUCAGCUACGAUUCGACCUCUCCCGUUCGAUUGCAAGCUGCGGAUUCUUUGACUAGUCUUGGUGAAACAAUCAAUUCAAUGGUAGCUGAAUUCGAAUCUUCGAUUACCAAAGAAUCCUCUAAAUCCGCGAUUCCUGGUGGUGGAGUCCAUCAGCUGACGAGAUACGUCAUGAAUUUCAUCGUUUUCCUCGCCGAUUACAAGGAACCACUCGCAAAUAUUCUCACCGAAUCGACUUUGCCUCUACCCGAAGAUUACUUGGUGAACAAUGAAGAACACAAAGUAGGCGAAACGGGAUCUUCUUCGUCUUCUCCGGUAACCACAAGUUUCGCCUGGCUAAUCCUCGUCUUGCUCUGCAAAAUCGACACUAAAUCUCGGAUCUACAGCGACAUGGGUCUCUCGUAUCUUUUCCUAGCCAACAAUCUCCAUUACGUGAUCUCCAAGGUACGAACAUCGAAUCUGAAAGUCGUGUUGGGAGAUGAAUGGGUGGCAAACCACGAAGGAAGAUUGAGUCAGUACCUUGAUAAAUACGAGAAAAUCGCUUGGGGAGAAGUGAUGGUGUCACUUUCCGACAACGAAGAGGUUUUGCUCGAAGAAGACGUGGCGAAAGAGCGUUUGAAGCGGUUCAACGAAGCGUUUGAAGAAGGGUACAAGAAGCAGAGCACUUGGGUCGUACCGGAUUCGAAAUUGAGAGACGAUUUAAAAGAUUCCGUGGCGAAGAAGCUAACCGAUGUUGCUUCUGCGUUCUAUAAAAAGUACCAAGUGGAGACAUGGGAUGAAAUCGUCAGAUUUGCCCCUGAGGAUUUUGCUAGUUACCUCUCUGACCUUUAUUUAGGUACAGGAGAAUCGGGACGUUGA